AUGGAAAAAUCCGAAAUUCGUGUUUUUUUACGUUAUUACCGAAAACAAGGCUUCAACGCAACUGCAGCAGCAAAGAAGAUAAGCGAAGUUGAAGGCUACAAUGUAGUCUCAGAUCGUACUGCGCGAUUGGUUCAAACGAUUCAACGACGGCGACACGGACCUCGAGGGCAAGACGUCUUAAAAAACAAUUUUGAAGGCGUAAUUCACUUCGAGUUGGUUCCAAAUGGUCGGACUAGCGACGCAGACCUCUACUACGCUCCACUCGAUCGAAUGUAUGCAGCGAUUGGCAAAAAAUAUCCCGCUUUGAUCAAUCGAACCCGCGAACACCUGCAACAAGACAGCGCAAAACCUCGCACCGCCAAACAAACGAAGGAAAAAAUCAAAACUCUCGACGCCAUUGAACUUCUUUCACAUCCAGCGAAUAGUCUGCACAUUGUGUCACACGACUAUCACCUUUUUCGCUCCAUGGCACACUUUCUGCGUGGUCGUAGCUUCAAUGAUCUGGACGAUGUCGAAAACGGGUGCCGCGAGUUUUUCGCCUCUAUGAACAAGGAGCGGUACCGCAGCGGGAUCGCACAACUUGCCGAUAGAUGGGUUCAAGCUAUAGAUUCAAAUGGCCUUUACUUCGAAACUUAA